AGAAAUAUCUCCAGAAUGGGGGAUGAUUUAGGUUAUUUUAUUGAAGAGCAGAAGGCAAAGCUUGCACAAGAUAAAGCAGCCCUGGAAAAGGACCCACCAUACAUGGAAAUUAAGAGCAAGAAAUUAGAGAAUACACAAGAUGCAGACAGACCAAAGGCCUACGCUUCAAAAGAAAACAUUCCCCCAAACAGACAGUCUCAGAAAGAAACCGCUCCAGUAAAACAGAGACGUUGGUUAUGGAUUGAGUUUGCCUCUUGGAGAGGACUAUGAGAGGAAAAAGCAUAAACUGAAGGAAGAAUUGCGCCAGGAUUAUCGUAAAUACUUAAAUCAGAAACACUUGAUAAGCACAGCAGAAGUGGACCCAGCCACUCAUGGCUUAUCUCUCCCUAUUGGUGAGAGGCUGUCAGCCAAGGAAAGACUGCGUCUUGAGAGAAACCGUGAAUACAAUCAAUUUCUUAGGAUAAAGGCAGAGGAGCAGGAGACAUACCGCCUUGUCGCAGCAGCACAAUAUAAUCAGAAUGAUAAAACACAAAGCAGGCUGAAGGCACACCAAUACUCAGAAGCUCCAGUAUCCCAUAGAGAUCAGGAUCUUCCCAAGAAGGAUGCUUACUCCUCCAUGGAGGCCUAUGAACAGCUGCUCAAUAAAAGACGAGCUGAGACUGAGAAACCCAGAAGAAGAGACGUUGAAACGGAAGCCGGGGAUCAGUUUGUUCGGAGACCAGAGGAAGAUAUCAUAGUUUCACAUAAUAAGCCUUGGAGGUCAGAAACAGAAGUUGACAGAAUGGAUCGACCUCGAUAUGCUGCUACAGAUUAUGAAUCAGAUAGAAGACCUCUGAGAUUGAAUUUUGCUCCUGAUAGCAAUGAGAGAUAUGAUGGAGAUGUACAUGACAGAAGAUCAAUGAGAUACAACCCACCUCCUGAAAGAGUUCUACCUCGGCGUGGAGAUGUUUUAGAGAAACAUGAAUACAUACCAGAUCACGCAUCAUACUUUCAGAUAGAAAGAGGUGAUCAAAGAUCUUUCAGAGACAGAAGAGAUCGAGAACCUCCAGUGGAUUAUGAAGAUGAUUUUCGGGAACAGUCAAAUCGAAGACCAAACACUACACUUACAAAGAGCAGGCCUAAAGUGGAGAAUCAAGUACAACCCACAGAGCGGUCUAAGUCUGCAAAUACUAAGGAAGAAAACUUUUCCACUGGUCUUAUGCUUGGUGGGUCCAAUGAAGAUGAGGCUCUGAAGAGAAGAAAGGAACGUUAUAGACAGGAACUUCAGGAGCAAAUGGCAGAACAACAGAGAAACAAAAGAAGGGAAAAAGAGCUGGGGCUGAAAGUUGCAGCAUCUGGUGCGAUAGAUCCUGAGAAGCAG